AUGGACAAUAAAUUGUACGGGGCUAACGAUGAACGCACGAGUAACGCGCAUCACCGUACAUUCGCGAGCGACUGCGGAGGGGCGGCAUCACUAAGGAGCGCUCUCACUUUCCUGCACUUUCGUUUCCCGGCGACGUGCAUACAUGCAGCGGGCUGCGGGCCGUCGCGUCGGACGCCUGCCGCGCCCCACUCCGUCGUCACCGCAUGCUAUCGAUCCGCGCCGACCUUGACUCGACGCACGCCCCGCCACUCACAAUUAACAUUGACAAUAGCGACGCGCGCGCACUGCCCCAACUCGACUCGCUUUUACGUGCUUUCGUUUUCGUUCCAAUCGCCCAGAUUGUCAUGUGCCACACGCUUCGGCAGAAAUCUAAACCAGUAUUACCUGACGUCUUACAUCUCCAUUAGACUUAACGAGGCGAAACAACGUCAGACGACCGUCCUAGACUUGACCCGGAGUAGGGGACGCGCGGGUGGCGGGUGCGGUGAGUCAGGCGCGGGGGCGGCGCGACGCGUGCACUCGCCGCGAGAUAUAGGUAAACGGAACGCGGAGAAGUGCGCCGCGGGGGCCUGUGACCUUGGCGAGUCUCUGACGACUACAGCCGACGGGCGCGCGGCACGGCGGAGGCGAGUGCAACCGGAACUCGAUACGAAACGAUGCUACCUCCGCUUCGAAGACUGUCUUAUGUGGCCAUAUCAUAUGGCCACA